AUGAGUAUAGAUUAUUCAAAGUGGGACAAAAUAGAAGUUUCAGAUGAUGAGGAAUCACACAAAUUGAAUGUAGUUAAAUUGAACCCGAAUCAGCAAGUAAUAUUGAGUAAAGAUGGAUAUAAAGUAAGAGAUAGUACUGAUAAAAAGGUAAUUGAGUUAGAGGACGUUUCUAAGGAGUGGCACAAAAGGAUUUUGCACGGAAUUGUAACCGUAGAUUCACACUUUUAUAGUCAAGACAGAUACAGUGUAAAUUUUUAUAUUUUGCUGAAUUUCGAUUAUAAAAAACUUACUUUGAAGUUUAAUGAGAUUUCAAUAUCGCUAUGCGAUAAUGAAAAGGAGAUUAUGUGCAAAGAGUUCUACUCUAAGAUUAAGAAGGACGAAUCCUUUUGGAACUGGGAGAUAGUAAAUUUGGAAAUUGACUGGAAAUCAUUAAAAGAAUAUUCAAAAAAGGUCAAUUCUGAGAAGUUGAAGCCAAAGUUAUACUUUGAAAACAGGGUAAAGGCAAAGUUUAUAGAAGUGAAUGUGCAGAAGUUGGUUGAAAUAAGUGACUGUUUCAUAUGGUGGCCAAAGUUAUUCAAAGACGAUGUUGAGGAAAUUAGAAUUGUUGACAAUUCUGAGUUCAUCAAAGUAUGGGACGAGGCACAUGAAAAAUUCAGGGAAAAGGUGUCAAAUCACGAAAAGAUACCAAUAUGA